UCCGUUAUAAGUGGAAAAGUGAAUUGCAACAGAGUCAAACAGUGACAGCUUCAUUCAUAUUCAUUCUUUGUAGUCUUAUCAUAUAUUUAUCUCAAAAAUACUCUUCAACAGUACUCCUCAGCAACUUCUCAGCCACGCUCAUUCCUCGUUCAUUUUCUUUAAUCCUCAUUACACAUAAAUAACAAUUCAACCACCACACUAAAUUCUUUUCUUGUUAGUAGUAUUUGUGUAUUCUACCAAAUGUCUAUACUCUAGAAUUUUACUAGUAAAAGGAACAAAUUAAGUGCUACAACAGAAUUCUUGCCAGGUUUUGUUUUUCUUGUUUAAUCUUAUCAAUACCUGUUUCUGUUUUCUCUGCUUCUCUGUUCAAGUUCAAUGCAACUUUCUCUGUCUUCAUAAGUAAAAAAAAUUUAACCCAUUCUUUUCACUUUUCACUUUUGCUCAGAUUCUUCUUUUCUAUAAAUUCUGUUCAGGGAAUUAAUAACCUGUCUGAGGGUUUUUUGGAACCACAUCAUCGUUUCUGGUUACUUUUCUCCCUUCAAAAGUUUUAUCCUCAUUCAUUCUCGCAAAGCAACAAGCACAACAAAACACUAGAAACGGUCACUUUCUGGGUGAAGCAAACUCUUUUGUUUUGACUUAAGAAACAAAAAAUGGAUGAAUAUUGGAAGACAAAUGGUGAAAUACCAGCUUUUGGGAACUGGGAUUUCGUGAACGAGUUUCCAAUAACUCAAUAUUUCGAAAAUGCAAGACAAGCUGGUUUGAUUCGAUACAGUUCUUCAUCUGGUGACACUGAUGUAUAUGUGCGAGGAGAGCAAGAUCUGUAUACAGUUGAUUACAUGAAACCAGUUGGAAAGGAGACGAGGAACAGAGAAACAAGAAUGAAAAAACAGGGCAAAGUGUACGAUGUAACAGAAUAUCCAAGGAAGCAAAUGAACAGUAAGAAGACAUUAGAUGUAAACGGCGUCGUUCGUAAGUCUGCUUUACAAACCAAACUCCCAAAACCAGUUGACGAAGAUCUCUACAAGAUUUCUCCUCAACUUCUUCGUAAAACCAAACGGAAAAAAAUGUUGGGUUUCAUUUCCAUGUGUCUGGUGCCUGCAGCCUGCGUUUCAUGAUCGAUUGAUUAUGUUGCCAACGCGUCAAACAAGUUUUACUACUAUUUUUUGGUUUGUUUUCUUUUGUUAGUUAUGGUGCUGGCUAUGCUAUGCUGGGUUUCUUGUGCACUCAGAUGCUAGAUGACUUUUUUGUAUCAUAUUAAUGAGGAUGAAUGAAUUAAUAUAUACUAGUUAUUGCUAUCUUAAAUUUAAUCACUACUAGUAUUUGAUUG